UCAUUGUAUCUGCAUCUGCGUGUGCAAACGCACUUCUCUCAGUUUGGUGUUGAACUUCUCUCAGAAAGCAGGAAGGAUUUAUAGUUCAGCAAAGACAAGUUUUUCCAAGUAUACUGCAAAAGUUUUCAUCUGGCAACAUGUGCACUGGAAGAUGUUCCCGUUUCAUUGCGGUGGCUCUGUAUCCACUGGCGCUUAUUUCUAUCAUCUGCAACAUUGUGCUGUUCUUUCCUGGAGGGGAAACCAAAUAUGCCAAAGAUGGACAUAUAACUCAGGAGGUCAAAUACAUGGGGGGACUUGUAGGAGGUGGAGUGAUGGUGUUGCUCCCAGCUCUGUACAUCCACUUGACUGGUAAACAGGGCUGCUGUGGAAACCGUUGUGGGAUGUUUCUGUCCAUUUUGUUUGCUGCAGUGGGUGUUGCAGGAGCCCUGUAUAGUUUUAUUGUAGCUAUACUAGGUUUGCAGAAUGGCCCCCUCUGCAAAGUUCUUUUGGUUUGGACUACACCUUUUAAAGACAGAGACAGCAGUUACCUGUCGGACAGAACAUGGUGGGGCUCAUGCACAGAGCCCAAAGACAUUGUCCACUUUCACAUAGCGUUGUUCAGUACUCUGUUGGCCACAAGCGGUCUGCAGUUGAUCUGUGCCACUCAAAUGAUCAAUGGGCUCUUUGGGUGUCUGUGUGGAGCGUGUGUAGAGAAAGGGCCGCUGUAAGCUGGUCAGUCGUAAAGGGAAUGUCAAAGGAAAUGGCAGCAUCUGGUGGUGGACUAGGAGAAAUGGUAUUUCAGACAAAGUGUAAAUAAAAAUAAUCACUAUAUUUCUGAUACUCAA